AUGGAAACGAUUCGGGUUCCAGAAGGUCGACUCACGUCCGCCAGCAACGGCGACGAAAGCCAAUCGUAGGUUUCGGCAUUCUUACUGUAGUUUGGGUUACUGUAUAAUGGUUUGGCAAGGUCUGACAUUUUUUUCAUAAUUAGAUGCCUUAGGCUUUCUGAUGAAAGAGCAAACCUUGACAUACUUACUGUAGUUAUUAAAAUUCAGAAAUGCGGUCGAUUCCCCCAAUUGGGACAUUUUCAAAUUGAGUCCCCCGAAGCCGGAUCGGAAUGGCAAUGGUAUGUUAUCAAUGUCAUAACUUUAGAUCUAAACAUCAUUUUAAAUUAAAAUUGAAGUUUAGGUUUCCUAUACGAGUCGAGUCUGCAGAUCCUGAAGGUGUCCACCUACUUUUUGUUGUUCAUCACCACCUUGUUGAGUAUUGUAACUGCCAAGACCACAUUUUUGUUAAUGACAGCUGGAAUUGGGAAUGGUGGCAAGAACAUUUCGAUUUGUACAGAUAAAAUACCAGGUAUGUCACUUAUCUUUUUUAAUAAAAUACAUUAAUUUAUACAUGAUCAAUUGACUAAAAGUGGCACUAUUUCUGUCAAUAUAGUAGUACCAUACCUGUAUUACCUUACUAUAUAUGCACAGUCAUGUAUUAUUUCCUGGUCCGAGAUAUACGCGAUCUUCUCAAAGUAAACAAACAAAUUGCAAUGUUGCAGAAGCCUCGGUAAACAAAGUUUUUGUGACCAACCAGCUGGCUGUAAAGUGGGUCUGGGCCACGUUGUUGGCCGUAGCUGCUCCAGACCUACUAUGCUUUGUACGAUGCUUCCGAACAAUGUUUCGAGAUGUCAAAAGACCGACGUUGGUUCAGUUUUUCACUGUAAGUCUUACUGUAAUUUACCAAAAUUGUUUUUAAUUUCAUUGAUUCAAAUAAUUAGUAUAAUUUUCAAAAUUUUAAUAAGUAUUGUUUUAGGUACUGUUCAUAGAGAGUCUGAAUGCUUUUGGGAUUGGCACUCUGGCUUUUGGCAUAUUUCCUCACAUUACUGCUGACACUGGUAAGUUAAUAUACAUUUAGCCAUAAACUAAUCAAAAAAUACAAAAACUCGGUAAAAUAGAGCCAAUUCACUUGGGUAAGAUCUAUUUUGUCAGUUUUCAGUCGUUCCCCAAACGAAAAGUUUACUUGCAACAUAAUGCCAAAGAUAAAAAUAAAAAAGCCUUUUUGAAGCAAUUUCAACUUUUAAAAUCGGAUUCAAUUUAAAAAUGAUUGGUAAACCAUGUUAUUGUAGCUGCAAUGUUAAGUAAUGCAGCAGCCAUGGUGCCAGCUGUACUAUGUCUACUAAGCCGACGCUUUGACAAAUGGUACAUUGUGUUAAUAGUAUUCGACGUGCUGGCUAUUAGUGCUCAAAGCAGUAUCUUUUGGCUGUGGCCUGUAAGUCUUCAUAGUGUGUUAAUAAUAGCAUGUUUACUCACACAACUAUGAUUCUUCAUGUUAGUUAUAUACACCUUAAUCUAGUAAUUACACUAUUAUAUAUUUUUAUCAUACCACCUUUACUAUUAAAAUAAUUGUAAAAUAUAUGUAAUUCAGGCAGCCGUAGCAGAGAUACGAUCUCACUGUAUAUCAAUCAUUGUGUGUGUGAUCUUCAUAUCUUGUUCAUGGUGGCAGAACUAUGUAUCUCCCAAGUCGUCUCUCCCUCCAAUCAGAUCCUUGGCCAACUUCAGUGUCGGCCUUGCCCAGUCCAAGGCCAAGACCUAUGUGUUGGUAUCUUUGUGGAAGUGUUGUAUUUACAUCUUCUGUAUCUUCUUCUUCUUGACACCCACGAUACCGGCCUCGGAUCUGCUUCAGAAGGAUCCGUUUGGAGAAAAACUGAUCACGAUCACGGCCGAAGACAUGAACCAGACCCAGAUCAGUGCAUUCCUACAGAGAAUGCACGAGUACGAACAGCCUGGUACGUGAACUUACUUUGUUUGUAGAUUUAUGGUAAAUCAGUAGUCAUAAAAUCAAUUUACAUCCAAAGUGACACUUUUCAGCCGCCUACGAAACCCCGAAGAACAAAGAACAAGAGGAAGAUGUGAACGAUGAAGUAAAAGAGAAACAGAAGAAGAAUUGGGAUUCUGAUGACACGAUUGAUGCUGGAGAGUACGAGAAGGCCGAACACAGCAUCAGGAGCAAGAACAGCACGGGGGACGAUGAGAAGAUAGAAGUCAUAGAAGAGAAAAAGAACAGGCGAAAGAGAGAGACGCCAGAGGAAGAGGAAGUCAUCUCUGCCUACAAUGUAAGUCAUAGUAUGUCAUAUUUUGACAUUUAUUGAAGUGAACUUCGAAUUAUACAUGUAAAUUCAACUGUAUUAUGGUUGACUAUCUUUACAUACUGUAAUUUUGUAGAUAUACGACGAUUACGUUGAAUUGAAUCAGUUCACAACUCCCUUCGACGCUCUAUGGAUAGCUUUGAUUCACGUUGGAGCUGUUAUCCUGGGAUACCAUAGUAGCAAAUUUGCGUGUAAAGUAAGUUUUUGUUGUCUUUAUUUUAUUUUUAUAACCAUGAAUAGUAUUAUUACUGUCAUUGUAUAAAUAUUUCUACUGUGGUAUAAGAUGACACUUGUUUCUAUCUAUUUUCAAUUUUAUUGUAGGUAUUAAUCUAAAUGUUUUUUUUCAGGUGUUGAUUCAACGAGUAGGCUUUGCUCUUCCCCUCUCCCUUGCCGUUCCUGUUACAGUAACUCUUCUGUCAGAUUCUUGCGAGCGACGUGCUGUAGAUGCGUGUUACAUGAGUAAUGUAGUCUCGAAGGAACUAUUCUGGCAAUGUGGUGCUACAGAUGCUUCUGUGUGGUCCUAUGAGUUCUGGUCUCGACCUCAAACUUACAUCUGGCUAGGCUGGCUGGUAACCCAGGUCUGGGUCUGUAUUCAUCUCUGGGCCCCAAAACAAGAACGGUUGGCGACAAGUGAGAGGUAGGUCAAGAACGGACGCAUUUUGUUGUCUAUCUACUUAUUGGCCUAUUCAUACUCACCAUGUUGUUGUUUAUAGACUAUUUGUUCUGUCCUAUUACAACAACUUCUUUCUGGAUCAGUCGCUGGCCUUCAACCGCCGUCGAGAUGAAGAGACCAAGAUCAAAGCAGACUGUCUGGACCUGGAUUCGGAAGAGAACCAGACGUACCAGGCCAUCUCGAAUGGUGUAUCCAAGACCCCUCCGUCCAUCUGUUCUAUGGCCUCGAGCAAAAUGGAGUCGGGACUGAUACGGUGAGUACUGAUAACAAUAACACUAUAACAUAUGUUAGGAACCAUCAAUGUAUACCAUACAUUAAGUAGUAAAACCAUGCGCAACCUUCUGAAUCUUUCAGAAACACCGCCAGCUCAGCCGACGGCAUCACCAAGAUCUACGCCUGUGCCACUUUGUGGCACGAGACAGGCCAAGAGAUGACCUGUAUGUUGAAGUCAUUGUUCAGGAUGGACGAAGACCAAGCUGCUCGGAAGAACGCCCAGAAGUACAUCAAGGUCGUGGAUCCGGAUUACUACGAGUUCGAAGCCCACGUCCUGAUCGACGAUGCCUUCGAGAUGAACGACUACGGAGAGCCGGUCAUCAACAAGUACGUGGAGCAGUUCAUCAGUCGAGUAGGCGAGGCCGCUUCGGCCGUCCAUCAGAUGGAAGUGAAGCUGGCGCCACCCAUAAAGGCGUCUACACCAUACGGCGGAAGGCUAGUCUACACGCUACCUGGCUGUAACAGGCUGUUCGUCCACUUGAAAGACAAGGACAAGAUACGACACAGGAAGAGGUGGUCCCAGGUCAUGUACUUGUACUACCUGUUGGCCUUCCAGUUGUUGGCCAAGGUUGACGAUCCUCAGAGGAGGGACGUCAUUUCCGAGAACACGUUCGUGCUCACGUUGGACGGUGAUGUUGACUUCAAGCCUAAGUGUGUGAACAUGUUGGUGGAUCUGAUGAAGAAGAACAGAAAACUGGGCGCAGCGUGCGGCCGUAUCCACCCCCGUGGAUCUGGACCUCUCAUUUGGUAUCAGAAGUUCGAGUAUGCUGUAGGGCACUGGCUUCAGAAGGCGACGGAACACAUGAUCGGGUGUGUGUUAUGUUCUCCUGGCUGUUUCUCGCUGUUCAGAGCCAAAGCUUUGAUGGAUGACGAUGUCACCAGGAAGUACGCCACCAAGGUAAGAAUAUCAUAUCACAAUAUAACACUACUUUUAAACAUAAUAUAUACAAGUGGCAGUACACACAAUCAUGUUUUAGGCAGAAGAACCAUUACAUUACGUCCAGUAUGACCAAGGAGAAGAUAGAUGGCUGUGUACGCUGUUGUUACAGCGUGGCUACAGAGUAGAAUAUUGUGCCGCUUCAGAUGCCUUAACAUUUGCUCCAGAAGAAUUCUCAGAGUUCUUCAACCAACGACGACGGUGGAUUUCAUCAACCAUGGCCAAUAUCAUCGACUUACUUUCCGAUUACAAGAACGUCGUCAAUGUUAACGAGAGUAUAACUAUAUGGUAAGAUGACACCAUCACGGUAUACUAUUCUUUAAACAUUGAUUGAAAUACUAUGUAAUAUUAAUGGUCAUGGUAAUUUAGGUACAUCUUCUACCAGUUGAUCAUGUUGGUAUCAUCCAUUCUAGGACCCGGUACCAUCUUCCUUAUGGUGGUUGGUGCUGUUUCCAUCAGUUUCAACCUUGACAUAGCCAUUUCGCUUCUCAUGGUUACCGUACCCGUGGUUCUGUUCUGCGUAGUAUGUUUGAUGAGUCCUCCUAACUACCAAGUAAGCUUUAACAUACUUUAGGGCAUGUAGAUUACCAUCGUUAUUGUUUUAAACUGCUCGUAACCGCCCUUUUAGAUAAUAACAGCAGAAGUGAUCUCAGCCUUCUUCGCCAUGUUGAUGACAGCCGUCAUCGUGGGUACGACGCUUCAGAUUCAGAAGGAUGGUAUCCUUUCCCCGCACUCCAUCUUCCUGUUUACCGUAAUGACCAGUUUCACAGUGUCAGCGAUCUUACAUCCCAUGGAAGUGGGUUGUAUGUUGCCGUUCAUACUGUACUUCUUGGCCAUUCCUUGCAUGUAUAUGUUACUCCCCAUAUACUCGUUGUGUAACCUGCACAUCGUAACUUGGGGUACUCGGGAAGAUCCUCUGAAGAAGAAGGAAGAGGAGAAUCUGAGGAAACGAGGCCACCGGCUGGAUAUAAUGGAGUCUGGCAUCCCGGGCGAGGCUUCUGGGGAGAUCUCGGUCGGGUGUGGUAAUGUGUGUAGGGUGAUGUGUUGUUUGAAGCCCGAUCCAAUCGAAAACUCACCUCAAAUCUGGAAGAUCAGCGAGAUGGUGAACCAGGUCAACAAGAAGAUGGAUCGUCUGGAUAGGAAACCGACUUCUGCUUCUACAUCAGUCCAGGAUACUGGGGAUACUGUGGACGAUGACGAAGAUGUAAGAGAGACAAUUUCACAACUAGAAAGUUAUCAUGCCUAAACGUUUUAAAAAGUUUGUUUUCAGAACGAACUUGAUGAUGAAAUAGACAUGAAACGACAAAGUCAAGCAGCGAAGAGGAACCGAAAGUGGAAGAAUACCAAGAGCGAGGUCUGGAUGAAGAGCAAGAGCCUCAAGAAGUAAGUCUAUUGCCGAAUCCUCUAAAAUAACAUUAAUAUAAAUAUUAACCAGCAAAUAACUAUAUAAUGAUCACUUAUUGCGUUUCAGAGCUGAAGGUGACAUUCUCAGGUCAGAUGAAGACCAAUUCUGGAAAGAGAUGAUCGACAAGUACCUUCAGCCUUUAUCGAUGGAUCCAAAGGCCCAAGAGCGAAUCCGCCUUGGUCUGAUAGAGUUGAGGAACAAAAGCUGUGCUUCCUUCUUCAUGGUCAAUGUCGUGUUCAUCAUCGUGGUACUAGUGCUGCAAAUGCAGAAGGACUGUAUUCACAUCGAAUGGCCAUUAGGGCCCAAGUUUAAUCACACUAUCAUUCCUUGCGGGUCUGACAAGAAAGAGGCCAUCUGGGUAGUCAGCCGGCUUCAGCUGGAACCAAUUGGUCUAGUAUUCCUCGUCUUUUAUAUGUCGAUUCUCGUGAUUCAGGUAAAGAUGACGUAUAAUUAACUGUGUGUAACGAAAUAUAUAUUUUCAGUUCUUCGCUAUGUUGCUUCACAGGUUCGGAACUUUAGAGCACAUCAUAGCAUCAACCGACCUGAACUGCUCCAAAAAGAAGGUGCACAUAGAAACAGUUGAAGAGAUGGAAGUGGAAGAGAUAGUAGAAAUGGUCAGGGGACUACAAGCCUACAAGUCUCCAGACAUUGACGCUGAAGACGAGCCUACAGUAGAAGAGAAGCCGAUCAGUCGAAGCCAGGUCGUCACAGGCCUCAGAUCUCCCAGAAAACAACUCAAGAACACAGAAACCUUGGAUGCUGUGUUCCGUAGGAGAUACGAAGCUCUACUGAGAGAAGAACAGAGCACUUUGAACAAGAGCAAGCCUUCAAUCGCUACGCUACGUGGCUCCAGAAUGACCAUUCAGAGGGACAAUGCCAACGAAAAGAGAAGGAACACCAUUCUACGGUCGACUAUCAAUCGAAAAUAA